AUGGCUGUCGAAUCAGAGGUUCACCAUGAGUCAUCUGAAGAAUACGACUCUGAAGAAUACGAAGAUGAUGAAGAGGUGCUCGAUACUGAACACAUAGAUGUGGAAAUGGAAGAAGUUGAUUUCAAGACACAAGGUAAAGAGAGAUGCAAGGAUGCUUUCCUUAACUUCAGUUCUGAUUAUGAAGAUAAUGAAGCUGAUGAAGACAAUGACUUAGUUGAUGAAGAUGAAGAAGGGUUUGGUUCAGAAGAGGAAAUCGAUGACACUGCAGGGGCUAAUGAUCUUGAUUUGGGAGAUACGGUUGGUGCAGGCUUCCCCAUUCACGACCCAUCAGUUAAGUGGAAUAAGAUGAAGCCCUUUCUUGGUGAAAGGUAUGAAUCACCACAUGAGUUGCAACAAUGUCUCACUAAUUAUGCUAUUAAGUCAGGGUAUAACAUUAAAUUUGCGAAGUGUGACACUGUGAGAUUAACUGCCAAAUGUGGUUAUAAGAUGAAGUCUCAACCUUGUCCAUUCAGAGUUCAUGCUUCCUGGAUGACUCAAGAAAGGGUAAUUGGUCUAGAUGGAUCUUUCUUGAAAGGGACAUGUAAAGGAGAAUUACUCACAGCAAUAGGGAGGGAUGCAAACAACCAAGUUUAUCCAAUUGCUUGGUUAGUUGUUGACAUUGAAAACAAAGCUAAUUGGAAAUGGUUUCUGGAACUGCUCAUAGAUGAUCUUAAUCUGCUAAAUAGAGGAGGGUUUACUGUAAUUUCUGAUCAACAUAAGGGAUUGCUUGAAGAAACCAAGAAAGUCCUACCAAAUGUGGAGCAUAGAUAG